CCGCAACAUCAACGUCGCAGCCUCAGUGCAGCUGUUCAGACUACAAUCAUGGCAGCCCCGGCCUCUGCGUACAAAGACCGGCAGUUUCUCGCCGUCAUUGGUGAUGAGGACACAGUAACUGGCAUGCUGCUCGCGGGCGUCGGCCACGUCACGCAGCCCCCAGACGCGCAGAAGAAUUUCCUCGUCGUUGACGCCAAGACGGAAAACAGUGCCAUCGAGGCAGCCUUCGACCGCUUCACCACCGAGCGCAAGGACAUAGCCAUUCUGUUGAUCAACCAGCACAUCGCAGAGAAGAUAAGACACCGCGUCGAAAACUACACCGCUGCCUUCCCCUCGCUGCUCGAGAUCCCGUCCAAAGACCAUCCGUACGAUCCUGAGAAGGACAGCGUGCUGAAGCGCGUGAGGAGGUUAUUCGGAGAGUAGACGGUUGGGCAUGCAUUCGAAGUCGAGGGGGGUGAAUGGUAGUGUACACAUGAUCUGGAGCGAAUGAUAUCCACAUAAAGCACCGAUCACAGCUUGCAUGACUCAAGUGGUGGUUCAUGACUUGGAGUCGACAGAACUUGUGGAGGCGUGAAACAAUUAUUGAGAGUGACCCAGAGCAUGAGAAG